UGAUAAUAGCUGUGUUACUGGCUAAAGUUCUCUGCUGAUAACGUAUAGAUUUUGAUAAGUUGAUAACGUCACACGUUACGGCACGCUGUAGUGCAGUCUGCCAGUGUCAGUCUCGCUACUCGUUGCGAAUUGGUCGCAAGUUUUAUUGGAUCUAGAGUAGUCUUCUACCAUUUUAUUUACGUUUUACAUAUAAAAUAAAUAAAUUGUAAUAAUGGCAGAGAAACAGUUGAAAAACAGAGUGUGCAUUAUCGGCUCUGGUAACUGGGGAUCAGCUAUUGCUAAGAUUGUGGGUAAAAAUGCUGCAAGACUCCCAAACUUUGAAGACAGAGUUACAAUGUGGGUGUACGAAGAGAUGAUUGAGGGGAAGAAACUCACAGAGAUCAUAAAUGAGACCCAUGAAAAUGUCAAAUAUUUGCCUGGACACAAACUGCCUCCUAAUGUGGUUGCAAUCCCCGACGUAGUUGAAGCCGCGAAGGACGCCGACCUUCUAAUUUUCGUAGUGCCCCACCAGUUCGUCAGAACUAUUUGCUCCACGCUCUUAGGAAAAAUAAAGCCAACCGCAGCUGCACUUUCCUUGAUCAAGGGCUUCGAUAUCGCGGAAGGAGGCGGUAUUGACCUAAUUUCACACAUUAUUACAAGGUGCCUUAAAAUCCCAUGCGCUGUUUUGAUGGGAGCAAACAUUGCUUCUGAGGUGGCUGAUGAGAAAUUCUGUGAAACCACGAUCGGUUGCCGGGACGUGAUGCUGGCGCCUAUGAUGCGGGACAUCAUUCAGACUGAGUACUUUAGAGUAGUCGUCGUUGAUGACGAGGACGCCGUCGAAAUUUGCGGAGCUCUGAAGAACAUUGUAGCCGUGGGAGCUGGUUUCGUAGACGGCCUUGGUUUCGGCGACAACACAAAGGCCGCAGUCAUCCGUCUAGGCCUGAUGGAAAUGAUCAAGUUCGUCGAUGUGUUCUACCCGGGCAGCAAACUUAGCACUUUCUUCGAGUCGUGCGGCGUGGCUGACCUUAUUACCACUUGUUACGGUGGUAGAAACAGGAGAGUUGCGGAGGCCUUCGUGAAGACUGGCAGGUCCAUCAAGGAGCUCGAAGACGAGAUGUUGAACGGCCAGAAGCUUCAGGGACCUAUCACCGCUGAGGAAGUCAACCACAUGCUUGCUAACAAAAAUAUGGAAAACAAGUUCCCGCUGUUCACCGCCGUGUUCCGCAUCUGCCGAGGCGAGCUCAAGCCCAGCGACUUCAUCAACUGCAUCCGCAGCCAUCCAGAGCACAUGACUAGAAAACAGUCGGCGCCCAAAUGUUCUCUGUGACCAAGUGAGGCGUUUCUUCAGAGUGUAUCAUCAAGUUGAAACUGUUGCAUUUGUCGUCCGGCACGCCAGCAUUAUCACACACACACACACACACAAACAAACAUUUUUCCAAUUAGCAAUGACGCGCUUACCUAAGAGCCUAUAUAGAUAGUGAUGUCGAAGAAGUUAUCUAAAUGAUAACUACGAACGGAAAAUAAAUUCUAAACCUGUAAUGUAUCUCACGAUUUUAUUCGUUUAUGGCCACAUUAAAUUUUAUUUUAUCGUAGCAAUUACCUACUUGAGUAAUAAAUCUAAUUGGAAAAUGUUUGAAAAUCAUUAAUGCAUGAAAACCAUUGUUUUGUUGUGUAACCUUUGUAUGUUACACGUAUUUUUGUUUCUAGUAGUCCGCUUGAAUGUUAUUGCAUUCCUUCAAAAUUUCUGACAUAAUUUCGAUAGUUAAGCCUUUUCAAUCCAGGUGAGCGCUUUCAAACUAGCGGGUUUGGCAACGCUUCGCUCGGACGGGCGUUUCGACAGGAUUAAUGUCGCGCGGAAUGUUUCAGAUGUAGGAAAUCCGCUAGUAUGAAAGCACUUAGAAGGUGCCUCCGAAAUUAUUGAAAUAAAUAUUUUCAUUAGCAUGCGGACUGCUAUAAUUGAGAAAUUGCGUUUCCAACUGCAAGAAUAUUUCUGUAAGAAAUUAAUGAUCUUUAAAGUAAAAUUGCCAUCUUCAAAGUUGUAACUUUUAUCUAGUAAGGCAAAUUCAUAAUUUCUCACAGAAGUUUUUUUUUUGUAGUGUAGCCUGCGUUAACAAUUAACAAAGUUAAUAAAAACCUAUCAGAGACUGCUUUUAAUGUUAUCGAUAUCGCACUGAAAGUUUAAAAUCAAGUGUGUAUUCCAUUCGAGUGAUUUAAUCUACUGCAUAAAAAGUAGAUAAUACAGUGUAAUAAUAGCUUUUAUGGUUGGCUAUCUUGACAAGGUAGUCGGUUUGUGUGAUUUUUAGUAGUAAACGGGAUGGAUCAAUAUAAUUUUAAGGGUUGGGCCAUAUUCUUAAGCAAAGGCAAGCCAUUAAUCAUCUAGUCUGUACUUUUCCAUAUGGACUUUUCUUUUUAUUUGUUUUCAACGAAGAUAUAGUGGUUAUUUGAGUUGUAGUUGUUACAUUUUGUACUUAUUAACUAAGCGAACCCAAGUGACGCAGGAUUUUUAUACAUAUCUCCAUGAACUUCAUAGCGCUAGUUUAGUUUUGGUUUGUUGGUUAUGUAUGAAACUAUCCGCCUCAUGAACAUGUCAUUUUAUCAAGGAAAAAUAUCGACUCAUUGGAUUUUUUCAGAAAAGCAGAAGCCUUUAAAUGACGAUAAAGUAAGCCUUAUUAUAAUGGUGCAAACACAUUAUUUGCCUUGGCAUACAUCGCCUUUAUUUUUUUCAGGAUACGGAUAGUUAGAAAAACUCAAAAAUCACAUUGCUGUAUAUCUUAAAAAAUAUACAAAGGUAAGGUAGAAUAAGGCUUCUGUUUUUUAUGAUAAGUAAUCAUAGUUUAUUUUAGGUACGUGUACGUAACUUGUGUUAUAUCUGAAUACAAUGCAUUUUCAAAA